CGGGGACCCGGCGAGCGGGACACUUUUUGCAGCGUGCGGGCUAUAAGAAGAGGGAGUGGCGCUCUGGUGAACAGUGAGGAGAGAAACUCCACACGCAGACAGUAACACGGCAGCGCCCGGGAUAACGUGAUUAGCGCUCUAUUAGGUCCGCUGCUGAGCGCAACUAGAUGCAGCGCAGGGAGCACUGCGAGGGGAGAGAGAGGAGGCUCAGUGGAAACGCUCCGUCCGCCUCAUGGAUCUUCUUUACCUUCUCUUGAUUUGCCUGAAGAAGUUACCCGUCCGCAGUGUUUUAGUGCCCUGGCACUGGAGACGCGCCUUCCUCCUUCCUUAUCCAAGAUAAAGCGGCAUCUUGAAAAAUAUCCCUCACAAUGAGGAGGAAAAAUCCGGGAAAGUCUCAGAGGAGUUAUUCAGUCUCUUCCUCUCUUAGCUCUGCUGUGAGCCACUAGUUCUCUUCUUCCUGGCGGAUGAUAUCUGUUAACCUCAGGUGAACUCUCACAGGAAGUGGGCCAAUCUGCUAUCAUGGAAGAUGACAAUAAUACCUUCCAGAACUUCUCCAGCUUGGCUCCUUACAGCCUACAGAUAGCUCUGCCAUUAAGCCUGCUGGUUGGCUUCAUGAUCCUAAUCAUAGUGUUUGGUAAUGUCCUGGUGGUCAUUGCUGUGUUUACAAGCCGGGCCUUGAGAGCCCCGCAGAACUUAUUCUUGGUGUCCCUGGCCUCUGCGGACAUUCUGGUGGCCACCCUUGUGAUGCCCUUCUCCUUGGCAAACGAACUAAUGGGAUACUGGUACUUCGGCGAGGUAUGGUGUGAGAUUUACCUAGCACUUGAUGUGCUCUUCUGCACCGCCUCCAUUGCCCAUCUUUGUGCGAUCAGCUUAGACCGAUACUGGUCCAUCACACAGGCCAUUGAGUACAACCUGAAGAGGACGCCACGCCGCAUUAAGUGCAUCAUCUUCAUUGUUUGGGUCAUCGCUGCAGUUAUCUCCUUCCCACCCCUGAUCACCAUGGGGAAAGACAACAGUGAGAAAUUCCCUGCAUGUAAGAUUAAUACAGAAAAAUGGUACGUUAUCUCCUCCUGCAUCGGCUCCUUCUUCCUUCCGUGCGUCAUCAUGGUGCUGGUCUACGUACGGAUCUACCAAAUUGCUAAAAAAAGGACACGGGCGCCACCUGGAGACCGGAGGCCAAAUGCUUUGUUGAAGCCACCCAGCACUCCUGUUGCAAACCAGAAGGAGAAUGGUGCAGAGGAUGUCAAGGAUCGGCUCUGUCACAAGAAGUUAAAUGGUGAGCAAGCCAUAGAGCUGCAGGAGGGAGCGGGAGGACAAAAGAAGGCAGAGGAGGUCAAAGGUGAGGUCAAUGGAGUGGACCUUGAGGAGUCAUCAUCUUCUGACCAUAAAGUGAACAAUCCAUGCUCCAUUAGAAAGAAAACAAACAAGGGGAAACCAAAAUUAAGACAAAUCAAACCAGGGGACUCCAACGUCCAAAAGCAAGAACCGAACACCAAAGGCAGCCUCUGGAAAGGCCGGCAAAACCGUGAGAAACGGUUCACCUUCGUCCUGGCUGUGGUCAUUGGUGUCUUUGUCAUUUGUUGGUUUCCCUUUUUCUUUACGUAUAUGCUGCAGACUCUCUGCGUGUCCUGCAACGUGCCUUCCACCUUGUUCAAGUUCUUCUUCUGGUUCGGCUACUGCAACAGUGCUUUGAACCCUCUGAUUUACACCGUUUUCAACAACGACUUCAGGAGGUCCUUCAAAAAGAUACUGUGCAAGAGGGACACCAGGAGAUACGUAUGACUCCAGCUUGGUAUCUGUGUAUCUAAUAUAUAGUGCAUUCAUUGUAAAACAGUAUGCCCAUUGUGCAUGAACCUGCAGUGUGUGAUCACUCAGGAAGGUGUUUAUG